GCCGCCGCCAGUCAUGCGCGGGGGAUGACCCCUCUUCCGCUCGACACCGGUGGAUCAGCAGAGCCCACCGUCGCACUGAAUAGAUGAACCUCGGGAAAAUGGCGGCUGACAAAGGGAAGCUGGCUGGUCGAAUGCGCUGGUGGCAUCAGUUUCUGUCGCCUGAUCGCCGCUCGCAUAUACUCCACCGGGUACUCAGGCACCUGCGAGGAACUAAAGUGUCCGUGGCUCUUAGCCUGGUGGCGCUGUUCACGACGCUGGGGGACGCCCUCCUGUCCGAGUCGCUGGCCGAGGCCCAGUUCGGGCUUCGGUACGCGCAGGCCGUGCUGGCCACGCUGCCGCUGCAGUGGCUGUUCGCGGGCCGCGUAGACGUGCUGCUGGACAACCUGCAGCGCCUCGAAGAGGUGACCGCCCGCGUGGAGCGCAUCGCUGGUCACGAAACCAAGGAGAGGCUGGACCGUCUUGCGCGAUGGGACGCCCACCGCACGCAGCUCUACUUGGUGUGCUCGACGCUGGUGCAGCUCACGGUGCUCUACGACCUAGCCAUGAGUGAGUGGAAGGGCCGGUGGCUGGCGGACGCCGCAGCCACACUGUUAGGCUUCCGCGUGGAUGUCUGGCUGUCCAGGACCUUCCUGUUCAUGCUGGGCUGCGCCACGUACGCGUGCUGCCUGGCGUACUACACCAUGCUGUCCUUCAUCUUGACCCAGAGCUCCACUACCAUGGAGCUGCACGUCGCCAUCGGUCAAGCUGUGCAGACUGGGCCUUGUUCGCGGCGGUGGGCGUUGCUGCAGGGAAGCGUGUUCGAAGCCGCGCUAGGGGCGGAAGCCGACAUAGCCUACGUUCUGCCGUUCAUGAUGUUCGGUGCCAUCAUCAUGCCGUUAUUAAGCACCGUUGAGGUUCUAUUGAAGCGAGAGGAUGUGGACUGGUUCGCGCUGGCUCUCGCGCCUGCCAUCUUCACCGAAUUCAUCCCGUUGUGUGAGGCGGGGGACGGCCUGGCUGAGGCCAGACUUGGCAUUACCACUUGCGCUUACCACGGGCCGUGGCUGUCGGAACACACCGUCCAGCGCCGUAUGCGUCUUUGCUUCAUGCAGGCUGGGGAAGGACGGGCGCUGCGGCUUCGGGGACAAGGCAUUGGUACCCUCAACAGAUUCGCCUGCAAGGAAACCAUCCGAUCCUGGUUUAGCUUUGUUCAAAUCCUCAUCAACAUUCAGGCCUAG